AUGUAAUUUAAUUAACAUAGAUGUUCCAAGAAAAACAAGAACAAGAUACAUGGGCUCAAACGUUGUUAACGAUAACGCCGGAGGAUGAUCCUGUACUGAGAGAAGUCAAAUCAAAGAUCUUGGUGUCCGCAGACGUGAAUACUUCUUUGGAUUUAGAUACUAAUAGUUUUCUUUAUAGACGAUCCCUUACUCCAAAAUAUCUCGUGGAUUUUAACGAAUUAGAGGAUGAAAAUAUUAGACAUAUCGAAGUUCAAACAUUUUUACAAGGCAUAUCGGUCGUUGACAUUCCAAUUGAAUACAAAGAUCAAAUUUCGCAGACGUUGUAUAUGAGUCCGCCAUGUCCUCCUAUGAAAUAUUAUAAAGAUAUUAUGACAUCUAUGAGAGACGAUCUAAUGCCUGAGAUAAAAAAUACUCGUCAAACACAAACGAUACUCACAAUUGAUCGAGAUAUAAGCCUACAAAUUACCACAGAAAUAUUAAAAAUCGACGUUACAAAAGAAGAAAAAGGAGAAGAAAAAGAAGGAGAAAAAGAAGAAGAAGGAGAAGAAGAAGGAAAAGAAGAAAGAGAAAAAGAAGGAGAAGAAGACGACGACGAAAUAAAAAAUAUACGUUUUGUAUGGGAUGAAGAAGAUUAUUUACAAACUGAGCUGAAUAGCUUGAUAUCCGAUAUUCUCUACUAUCUACAAGAACGUGUUUUCUGGAUUUUAGAUCCUACGACUCUUUUACAUCCGAUUACAACUGAAAACUUUACUCAGACCUUGAUAAAAUACAAUGCAACCACGAAUAACAUUGUAAUCGACAACGAAACGCAAACUGAGCUAACUUGUCAACCUAAAAGCUCCAAUACCGAAUUACUUUCAGAUUAUCAGGCUAAUAAAAACUUGAUAAAUGAAAUUUUGGAAGAGUGUUUGGACAAGGCUGUUGAGUCUGUGUUAUUAACUCAAUAUAUUCUUGAUGAGAUCAUUGAAAAAUGUGGUGAAAUAGUGAGAUACCCUCCAAAAGAUCAAGAUGCUCAAACUAUAGCUACUUAUACGGUAGACGAAAAGAAAGAAGAGGUUUUACGUAAAUUACAAUUACCAAUUGUCGUUGAUUCAUUGGAAUCAUCGAUUGUGGUAUUAGCACUUAUCGAUGACCUGCUAGAAUCAGUUUGUGAAGCUAUCUAUAAAAAUGCGUAUAUUGUCAGUACGUCUAUUCUUCGAGACGUAGUUAAAAAAUCAUCGUACAUUGGUUCUAAAAUAGAGAAAAUACGAAGUCAAUCACAUGAUAAGUUAAUCGAGCAGAUUUUAAAUCAAAGAAGAGAAAAGAUAGCAAAAUUGAUGAUGAAAAAGGAAACAGAUACAGUCUUUACACAAACCAGUAUAUCGGGUAUACAUGAAAUAACAAAACUUGAAGAUCUUAAGAAAAGUUUCAGCUGUAUUUGCUUGAAAGGUUCAAAGUGUUAUGCAUGCAUGAAAAAAGAUGAAGACAUACGAACGUUGCGUACACAGGAUAUACUUUUAGCUUAUAGUAGUAGACCAUGCCAGGUUGUCAGUAGUCCUUUCAAGAUAGAAACUGAUGAAGUAUCUUCAAGUAGUAUUACCGAAGAAAGAACAACCAUAUGUAAGACUUCAAUUUCGGAUGAUUCCAGUUCAGAAUCAGUCACAACAAUCGAUGUGGUUCUACAGCCAAAAGAAAAAAUAAAUCUUACAGAUUCUCUUGAUGGAUGGACUCGUGCAAUUGAUGCUGCUUUGACUAUACCAUGGUCUUCUCAAAGUUCCUUGAGUGAGACCAAUAAAAACGACAAAUUAACUUUGCAAACUAUGAAGGUACUGCAAAUUUUGAAGAGUACCUUCUGUAUUCGGGAUACCUGUCCUAUGUCUGUCUUAGAAAAAUUGACAAAAAAAUCAACCGAGGAGGUCGAUAACUUCGCUACCAAUACAAUUAAUAAUUCAUGCUUUUGUUUAAAGACAAAAGAUGAUUAUGUUACUGAAGAAAAUAUCGAAGAUAAUAAUAGUAUUGUUGAUACGAAAACUUACAACCCAUCGUUUGAAAAUGAAAAAUGUUUGUGUCAUAUUUGUUACACACUAGAAGACGCUUUGCGUCAAUUUCCUGAAAAUAAUAAAUCUUGCAACGUGAAAAUUAUUCCUAUACAAUCAGCUUCAUAAAUACAUAUUUAUGUAUAGGAUUGUUUCUUAUAUUUGUACG